GUAAAAGAUGUCCGCUCCACGAGGGCCCAGGGGUGGUAAUGGCCCUGCUGCCUCAGCGGCCGGCGCCUUGCCUGAGAUGCCGGACCUCAGCCACCUCACCGAGGAGGAGAGGAAGAUCAUUCUCGGUGUCAUGGACCGACAACAGAAGGAGGAUGCGAAGGAACAGUCCAUGUUAAAGAAAUUGCACCAGCAGUUUGAGUCAUACAAGGACCAGGUCAAGAAGAUGGGUGAUGAGACAAAGCAGGCUCAGGAACAGAAGAGCGAAGCUCCAACUUGCGGGAUAUGCCACAAAACCAAGUUUGCUGAUGGCUGUGGCCACCUCUGUUCAUAUUGCCAAACAAAAUUCUGUGCUCGGUGCGGAGGACGAGUGUCUCUGCGGUCAAAUAAGGUGAUGUGGGUAUGCAACUUGUGCCGAAAACAACAAGAAAUCCUCACCAAAUCGGGGGCGUGGUUUUAUGGCUCGACGCCUGGUCAGGUGCGGGCUGUGUUUGAAGGCGGGCCGCAGGGGAAGAAGGCCAAACUGCAGGACCCGUCACUAUACCCUUACCAGGGUGCCUCAGGGGACUUGACACCAACGUCAGACAGAAGCAGACGUCACGGCGGGCUCCUGCCCAGACAGGCGUCCCUUGACAACGGCUCUCUGAGGUACUCUGGACAUGGCGAUGCACCCAUAGACAGGAAACGAAGUCCGUCUGCAUCCAGGGAUCCAAACCAAAAAUACGACCAAAGGGAGGGGAGUGACCAUUCGCAGUAUGCCCCGACAGACGGAAGCAUGCCCAGAUCACCGUCUGACUAUGGGGAUGGGGACCCUCGGCGGGCUCCGCGGGGCCCACACUUGUACCCGGAAGUAAAUGCAGCGUGGAUUGGCUACAGGGACCGGCAGGGUCCUGGACGCUGGCACUCCCAGGAGUACCCUUUGGACCAGGAGCUAGAUGGGCCGCACAAUGAAUAUGAGCUCCAGAGGCAACGGCAGGAGGAGUUCCAGACGCGCUAUCGCAGCGACCCUAACCUGGCACGCUAUCCUGUCAAGCCGCAGCCCUACGAAGAGCAGAUGAGAAUGCAUGCGGAGGUGGGACGCCUGAGGCAUGAGCGACGUCACAGUGAUGUCUCGCUAGCUUACACUGAACAGGAUGACCCAGGACCCAUCCGGCUGUCACGUCAACAUCUCACUGAGCGCCGUCCACCUAUGGUGGGACAGCGAUCUUACUCUGUUGACCGCUCCUCCCCGGGCCCCAUGGGUCCUGGCCUUGGAGGCCACAGAACAUCAAACCACAGCCCCCCAACACCUCGCCGCAGCCCGGUGCUAGGUGACCGAUCUGGCGAUCUUCGAAGAGGUGACAUGAGCGGAGGAGGGGACUCUAUGAGGAGACAACAUCACUUGGACCCCAAUUCAGCUGUUCGCAAGACCAAGAGGGAGAAGAUGGAAAGCAUGUUGAGGAAUGAUUCUCUGAGCUCAGAUCAGUCGGAGUCGGUACGUCCUCCGCCCCCGAAGCCCCACAAAACCAAAAAGGGAGGGAAAAUGCGGCAGGUGUCACUGAGCAGCUCGGAAGAGGAGCUGGCAACUACGCCGGAGUACACCAGCUGUGACGAUGUGGAGAUAGAGAGUGAGUCAGUCAGUGAGAAAGGGGACAGUCAAAGGGGAAAAAGAAAAACAAUUGAGCAGGCAUUUAUGUCUGAGCCAGCACACACCUUAUCUGAGAGGCAAAAGAAAAUGGUGCGCUUUGGGGGACACUCAUUUGAAGAGGACUUGGCAUGGUGUGAACCGCAAGUUAAAGACUCAGGAGUUGAUACGUGCAGUAGCACUACCCUAAACGAGGAGCAUAGCCAUAGUGAGAAGCAUCCGGUGACGUGGCAGCCGUCCAAAGACGGGGAUCGCCUAAUAGGGCGGAUUUUGCUCAAUAAGAGAAUGAAAGAUGGAAGCGUGCCUCGAGACUCAGGAGCUCUGCUUGGUCUUAAGGUGGUUGGAGGGAAGAUGACAGAAUCUGGUAGACUUUGUGCUUUCAUCACGAAAGUGAGAAAAGGAAGUCUUGCGGAUACUGUAGGGCAUCUUAGACCAGGUGACCAGGUGCUGGAAUGGAAUGGAAGGCUUUUACAAGGAGCCACAUUUAAAGAAGUUUACAAUAUAAUUUUAGAAUCCAAGCCUGAACCACAAGUGGAACUGGUGGUCUCACGGCCCAUCGGAGAUAUUCCAAGGAUACCAGACAGCACACAUGCACAACUGGAAUCAAGUUCAAGUUCUUUUGAGUCCCAAAAGAUGGAUCGUCCGUCCAUUUCUGUCACCUCCCCCAUGAGUCCCAACAUGCUGAGGGAUGCUCCCCAGUACUUGUCAGGACAGCUUUCAAGCCAAAGCCUUAGUAGAAGAACACCGCCUAUUCCCCCUAGGGUCCAGGUCAAACUGUGGUACGACAAAGUCGGCCAUCAACUAAUAGUCACUAUACUGGGAGCCAAAGACCUGCCACCCAGGGAAGAUGGUCGACCCAGAAAUCCUUACGUGAAAAUCUACUUUCUCCCUGAUAGAAGUGACAAAAGCAAAAGGAGAACAAAAACAGUAAAGAAAUCCUUAGAGCCCAAGUGGAACCAGACCUUUAUGUAUUCCCCGGUACAUCGGAGGGAGUUUCGGGAGCGCAUGUUGGAGAUCACGUUAUGGGAUCAAGCCAGAGUGAGGGAAGAGGAGAGUGAAUUCUUGGGAGAGAUACUCAUUGAACUGGAGACAGCUCUUCUGGAUGACGAGCCUCACUGGUACAAGCUACAGACCCAUGACGUGUCCUCCAUCCCACUCCCGCGUGCCUCCCCAAACACACAACGUAGGCAGCUCCAUGGAGAAAGCCCAACACGGCGGCUUCAGAGAUCCCAGAGAAUAAGUGAUGGCGAGAUCUCAGACUAUGAUUGUGAGGACGGUGUUGGUGUAAUAACAGACUACCGACCGAAUGGCAGAGACUUCCAGAGCUCCACUUUGUCUGUCCCGGAACAGGUGAUGUCUUCUAACCACUGCUCCCGGUCUGCCGAAAUACAUCGCGCACGUUCACGCUCCCCCAGCGUUCCCCCACCUGCCAGGAGCCACGGAGCCAUGGAUAGACACGAGUAUCACAGCAGGUCCCGAUCUGCAGACCAGCGGCCCACAAUAGAGCGCCCCGCAUCCCGAUCACGCUCCACUGAACGCCCCCACGACUCAUCGAUGAUGAGGUCCAUGCCGUCUCUACCGUCUGGGAGGUCAGCCCCUCCCUCACCUGCCAUGACGAGGGCGCACCCUCGUAGUGGAUCAGUCCAGACCAGUCCAAACAGUACGCCAAUGUCCCACAGACGAGGUCGGCAACUCCCCCAGCUUCCAUCCACCGGGAAAGACAGAAGUAUUGACAUGGAGGAGAGGACCAGGCAGAUGAAGAUGAAAAUGAACAAGUACAAGCAGGGAGCUGGCUCUGAUUCACGGCUGGAGCAGGACUACCACAAGCAUUCCAGUAGAGAUCCAAGGGGUUCAGAUAACCUGUCGGCAAAGUCAUCAGACAGUGAUGUUAGCGACGUGUCCGCUGUGUCGAGAACCAGUAGCGCCUCUCGGUUCAGCAGCACGAGCUACAUGUCUGUCCAGUCUGAAAGACCACAAGGAAAUCGCAAGAUCCGGGGCGGGACGAACACGGAAGUCCCGGUUCAAGAUGGCGGCGACUCUACCCAUCGCUCCAAUUCUCUCUUCAAGUCCAGUGACUUUGCAUCCAAAAUGAAAAACAGGCAGAUGGGCUCGUCGGGCGGCGUGAACAUGACGAAGAGCACCAGCAUCAGCGGUGAUAUGUGUAACCUGGAAAAGACAGACGGCAGCCAGUCAGACACGGGGGUCGGCACGGUAGGAACCGACGACAAGAAGAGGCGCUCCAGCAUCGGUGCCAAAAUGCAGGCCAUGGUUGGCAUGUCACGCAAGAGCCGGAGCACCUCACAACUCAGCCAAACAGAGAAGCAGACCAAACACAUGCAGACUUUCAGGAAGAGCUGUCAAGAAGCAGGAGGCAAGAAAUUGCGCAGCACUAUCCAAAGGAGCACAGAGACAGGCUUGGCAGUAGAAAUGAGGAGCAGGAUGACCCGUCAGGCCAGCCGAGAAUCCACAGACGGCAGUAUGAACAGCUACAGCUCCGAGGGAAAUCUCAUCUUCCCUGGUGUGAGGCUUUCUUCAGAAGCCCAGUUCAGUGACUUUCUGGAUGGGCUCGGGCCCGCCCAGCUCGUCGGACGACAGACGCUGGCUACACCGCCAAUGGGUGACAUCCAAAUUGGCAUGGUGGAGAAAAAAGGAGCACUGGAGGUGGAAAUCAUAAGAGCUCGUGGCCUUGUGGGGAAACCAAGUUCCAAGGCACUGCCAGCACCCUAUGUUAAGGUCUAUCUUUUGGAAAAUGGAGUCUGCAUAGCCAAAAAGAAAACAAAAGUAGCAAGAAAAACCUUGGAUCCUCUUUACCAGCAGCAACUGCCGUUUGAGGAGAGCCCUGGAGGGAAAGUUUUACAGGUGAUUGUCUGGGGCGACUAUGGACGCAUGGACCAUAAAUCUUUCAUGGGAGCAGUUCAGAUACUGUUAGAUGAGCUGGACCUGUCCAACAUGGUGAUUGGCUGGUUCAAGCUCUUUCCUCCCUCCUCGCUGGUGGACCCAACUCUCGCCCCCCUGACAAGAAGAGCUUCCCAGUCUUCGCUGGACAGUUUCUCACGGUCAUAGCAGCGUGCAGACUGAUAGCGUUGUUGUAGCAGCCCAGUGUUGCGAUGACAGGUCACGCCCCCCGGUUACACUGCAUGCUUGAUGUUGUGUCUUCUGAGCCUGUUUCUAGGGGUGCAAAUGUGAUCCUGUGUUUUGAGCAAAAACGUUGCACACGUGGUGCUCGUGGCGAAGCGCAUCGCAAGCGCCCGGCGGCCAGGAUGGCCGGGCCAUGUUGUUCUUGCUGUUGGAAGGAAACUGGAAUGGAGUCCUUAGCACGAGGAAUCUGUCAUUUCCAGCUUUUCAUCCAAUUCGAAGCCAUGGGGGUCGGUACUGGGAACCGCAAAACGGGUUCUACAGAAACCCUUUUUCGAAUGAAAAAUAAAUGUUUGUCUUUGAUUUCCAUUUUUGCUUUGCUUUUAUUUGUUUCUUUUUCCUGUUGUCGUUUUUUAUGUCUGAAUGGGGGUGACGGUGGUUUGCACCACCAGAUGCUUGGUCGUGCCCCACCAACAGGUGAGGUUUUUGGAGACCAUUACAUAGGGUGAGGUUUGUCCCACCUUGAAGCCACACCCCCCAGAAUCCUAAAAGAAAAUAGCCUGCAGACUCUUGGUUUAUAUGCUCAACCUAUAUGCUGUGCUGGAAACUCACCAGACAGCAGUAAUCAGAGGCAAUAUUGCAGCGGCUACAAAUCACCAAUAAUGAGUCAAACCCCCAGAGAAAAGAUGUGCAAUCUACCAUCUUGAUUUCAUUCUUUCUCUUUUGAUAUACAGUAUUGUAUGAAAAAAAAAUCUCUGAGAAAAAUAUAUUUUCCCUUUUUAGUUCAUUUGCAUGAAUACAAAUUUAGCUGACUAAAAUUUCUCUUUUUUUUCUGGAGGCUGUAACAUGCAAAAAAUAUGAAGAAAAAGAAAUAAAACAGAUCAGCCAUUUCAAUUUCAACAAUUUUAUAUUAUUUUUUAAGAUACAUUUCACUAGUGCAUGGUUUUCAAGGGGAGUGAAUGCAACAUCAUGAUUAAAAGAGACAAGUCAUUGUUUAUCAGUCCAGACCAUUCAUGAGUCAGUAAGAUAAGGCUAACAAAAGGAACAUUUUGGACUAUUUAACAGAUAAUGUUUUAUGACGAAAAAAAAAAGUGAUAAUGACAAUAAAUGUAAAUGACUUAUUUCAUUGUGAAAAGGCUCAGAUAAAGAUUAUGUGAAAAUGUACAUGUUUCUCUUUUUAUUCCUUCUCCCAGGGUACUUCACAUUGUACGACUCAUUUCUACCAAUGUCCCCUGAUAGUGUUUGGAUUUGGUCUGGGCCAGAUCUAGUUAUUUUACAGUUCUAUAUUGUUUUGGUAUGCAUUUUAGUUCAAAUUUGAUUUCUUUAACAAGCAUGUUGAAAAGGAUUCUCUGCAACAUGGCUUGGGCACACCUUAAAGUAACUCGGCAUGUUUUGAUAUAGGAUGAUAUUUGGAAUUUUUGCAGUUUCUUGUACAGUGCAUGUCAACGUCCAUUCAUUUUUCUCCCUCACGUUAAAUUCAAUGCUACACCUAAUUACGUUCCAAUCAUCCAUUGACCAAUUAUUAAAGUUUUUAACAAGACAUUCCACUCCCAAGAUCAUAUAUAUUUUCUUUGCAGAUAUUGAGGAAAAAAAGUGACAAGGAAAAUAUUUUCUACUUAAUGGAGUUGAGACGUUGUGAUUACAAGUGUAUUUUGUUUCAGUAUUGUUGACCAACAUGCAAAAAUAUUCUGUAUUGGUACAGCAAAAGGUCUAUACUGUACGUAAUCAAGAGGCAGCAAACCUGUAAAAAAAAAAAAAAAAGUGUUGCUGGAGUUCAAUACAAGCACUGUUUAUGAGAUGAGCUAAUCACAAGUUCAAAUAACAUGGAAUAUUGCCACAGAAUUUUUUUCUUGUUUUAAUGAAAAUGACAUUUAUUUAGUAUAUUUUUGUUAGUUUUCUUUUAAAAGCCAAGACCUGAUUAUUUUUUAUUUUCUAUUUUUAGUAAUAAAAACGUCUCAUGUCUGGGAGGCUAAUGAAUCGUAUAGCUGCAGUAUGUCUGAAUGAAAAUGAAUUGGGGCAUUAUUCCUUUUCCACAUGGAGAUAAAGAAUUUUAAUGUCCAAGGAUUUUUUUUGUCGCUGUAACAAUCUGCAGUAUAGAGUUUACUUUUUGAUUUCCAUUGUACAUACAUACAUAGAUGUCAGAUUUUAAAUAAACACAACACUCUUCUGGAGCAGGAAAAAUGCCUCACAUGAUGAAAAAGACAUAAGUUAUUUAUGCUUUUGAAUGCCUUUUAAUUUUCUCUUUUUGUGCAAUGUGUUAAUGCCAAGGCUAUGUCUUGGUUAAGUAUGGUUGAGUACAGAGAUUUAUGUAAGUUAUUUUUCAAAUUAAAAAUAAAAAAAUGAUAUUACACUAA